AUGGAAAAAAAGCGUAUUCAGGAAAAAAAUAAAAAAGAAGAAAUACGUAAAAGGGCGUUGAAAAGAAAAAGUGAAGGAAAUAAUGAUUUACCAUCAAAAGAGAAGUACAAGAAAGAGUGUCAUCACAAAGAGGCACAUAGAAAAAUGACACAUCAUAAAGUAAUACAUCAAAAAGAGUCUCAUUCAAGAAGGGAUACCUCCAACAAUACCAAUAAAGUUAAUACCAAUUCUCCAGGCAGCGACAGCUUACAAUCUACACCGUCUCCAUCUCAAUUUUUGGCGGCAAAUAAAAUUAUAUCAUCAAUGAAAGCUCAAUUACCAGAGGAAUACUACAUUAAAGAGAAGCAAAAAGAUACUUUUGCCGAUAUUGAGCAAGGAAUUUGCAAUCAGACCCCUGAGUAUCCGUUUAACAAGCAUCCUGCAACACCGCCACAGUUUUCUGAAGCUAAUAAACUUGUCUCUGCAAUCAAAUCAAAGCUGACUUAUAAAGUAAUGGUUCCUCAGGAAGAAAGUGUAAUGACAUUUGCUAAUGCUAAAGAUCGCAUGGAGACAUUACGCAGAAGCUUAACAGAAACUACAAAUACAGCACAGUCAGUGCAAAUACAGCAGAGCAAAAUGGAGACCACAGAGAAGUGUCAUAUGUCAGGUGCUAUUGAGAAAAGUCCAGAAGCAAUGGAGGUGGAGGAUGUUAAAGAGAUUGAGCCACCAAGGCCACAAGCAGAAAAUGAAAUGUGUAAUAUUCCUGAGUCCUUGAUAUUGAAAGGCGAAAAGCCUACAUUGUUCAUACCUUGGCGCGUGAUAAACGAACUGGACAAAAUGAAGGACACCAACAACGGAUCUGGGGCGGUUUGCAAAAAGGCCCGCGCGGCGAUGGAUUUCUUGUACAAAUCGCUACCAGAAAACGACAGGAUCAAAGGCCAAUCCCUUCGCGAUGCUAACUGCCACAUAUACCCUUGCGAGAUGAACGACGACGAGGUCUUGAAUUGCUGUCUGCAACAAAUCGAGCGGGGAAAAAAUGUGCUCCUGCUCAGCGAGGACAAGAACCUGUGCAACAAGGCGACCUUGAACAACGUGCCGAGGAUAGGUGUGGAAGGCUUGCGGUACAUGAUGGAGGAUAGACCAGAUCCGGAUACCGACCCUCAACUCAGUACGCGGAUGAAACAGUACGAGGACGCAAUGUAUCAGCUGCUCGCUAAUAUAUUGGAGAGCGAGAUGCGCGCGAGGUACGGCUUGCUGUGGCAGCACGUGGUGCACCGGGCGCCGCCGUGGCAGCUGGGCGACGUGCUGGCCAGCCUGCUGAAGCACUGGCGCACCGUCUUCUGCGAAGUGUUCCCCCGCAUCGAGCGGCUGCUCGCGGACCUCGCCGCCCUCCACUCCGCCACCAUUUCCGCCGGUAAGCGCGCCAUUUCCGAGUCUGACGUGGACGCCUUCAAAGAGCUCUGCUUGGACAUCGCGAAGAAGUGCCAAAUCAUACCGGACUACAUGGAGCUUGCGAAAACGGCGGUGAACUCCCUCUCUGAAGCCAGCUCCCCCGCUCCCGCCAAUUCCCACGUUCUCAGGGACCCCGUUCCCACCAACGCCCCCUCUCCCGCCAACGCCCCCGCCCCCGCCAACGCCCCCUCUGUUGCCCCCUUAACCGCUAACACCACCGCUCCCCUCAGUAAGCUCGUGGAAGCCUUCGAGAACGUCUGGACCCUCUUCUCCAGCUACUGCGCGAAGCUGUGCGCGUGCCUGGGCGUGCCGCACGGGCUGCCGGACGGCCUGGCCGGCCACCAGACUGCGGACUCGCUGUCCCACCGCUGGGCCGCCUUCCGUGGGCACGCGAACGCGCUCGCGCUCGCGAUCAAGGGAGUGCUCAGCGUGGAGAAUUCUGAUGCUGUGAUGGAGGAGCAGGUCUCUCGUCUGGAGUCAGCCUUGAAGGAGAGCCUCUCUCUGAUGUCGGUGGACGGUGGCAUUGUCCGCCGCGACGAUUUGAGGAUAUUCUGUAUGAAGAACAGGGACAUGCUGCAGGAGGCCUUCGCGAAGCUCUCACAACUGACAGACCUGUUGGACGUGUGCAAAAACACUAUGCACAAC